GGAAACGUAAAUUAAAGAUGCGCGGUAAUCGCGUGGAGCGCGUUGGGUAAACGUAUCGCGCAUGUGCAUAGAUUGCCAAUUGUUCGCAAGUCUCGUGAAGAAGCAGGUCCGAGAUAAAUAAGUUUUUCCGCUUGUCGAACGUAGGGAUAAAGGUAGAACGAAGAGGGAGAAUUUUUUCAAUUUCUUAGUGGAAAACUGUUUUCCGUGUGCUGAGGGCCGGCGGCCGAGUGAUGCACGCAUAUGUCUAGGCUCGGAGGGACUCAGGUUCUGGCCACAGCACAGGUGAAGAGGACGGCCGCUGAUCACACAGCGGUGUUAAACUUUAGUGCUGCAAAACGCAGCAAACUAUCCGCCGUUGCGGUCACGGAGAUCAACGAAACUGAAAACAUGACGGAUACAGCUGCGGCCACAACUGAUACUCAAAAGCGAGCCAAUUUCUCAGCGUUAACCGUUGGGAAUCCAAACGGCGUCAACAAGAUUUCGCCGAGUUUGGCAAGUGCAAAACCAGGCACAGCUAGAAAGCUCGUCAUCAAAAAUUUCAAAAAUAAACCAAAAUUGCCAGAAAAUUAUCAAGAACAGACAUGGGAGAAGUUGCAAGAAGCUGUAAUUGCAAUACAGACCAGUAAAAGUAUUCGUUAUUCAUUAGAAGAACUUUAUCAAGCAGUUGAAAAUAUGUGUAAUCAUAAAAUGGCAUCUACAUUGUAUACAAAAUUGACCAGGCUAACAGAAGCUCAUGUGCAAGCUAACAUAGAACAGUUCUUAGCAGAAUCAAUGGAUAGGCAUAUAUUCUUGAAAAAAAUGAAUGAAUGUUGGCAAUCACAUUGCAGACAAAUGAUUAUGAUUAGAAGUAUUUUUCUAUAUUUGGAUAGAACAUAUGUAUUACAGAAUCCAAGUAUUUUAUCCAUUUGGGACAUGGGAUUACAUUUAUUUAGAGUGUACAUUGUUCUAAAUAAUUUAGUUCAAACACGUACAGUGGAAGGAUUACUUAUGCUCAUAGAAAAAGAACGUCAGGGUGAUACAGUAGACAGAACGCUUCUUAAAUCAUUAUUAAGAAUGUUAUCAGAUCUACAAAUCUACCAAGAUGCCUUUGAAUCCAAAUUUUUGGUAGCUACAGAAAGAUUAUAUGCUGCCGAAGGUCAGCGAUUAAUGAACGAACACGAUGUUCCUGAGUACUUAGCACACGUAGACAAGCGUCUUCAGGAAGAAAAUGAACGUUUAUUACAUUAUCUUGAUGCAUCUACAAAGUGGUCGUUAAUACAUACGGUAGAGAAACAAUUGUUAUCUGAACAUAUUACUAGCAUUUUACAAAAGGGAUUGAGUGGUUUAUUGGAUGAAAAUAGAAUUAGUGAUUUAUCUUUACUUUAUAAUUUAUAUAGUCGUGUAAAAUGUGGUCUCAUAGAACUUUGUCAGAAUUUCAAUUCUUAUAUAAAGAAAAAGGGUAAAACUAUAGUCAUAGAUCCAGAGAAAGAUAAAACAAUGGUUCAAGAACUUCUAGAUUUCAAAGAUAAAAUGGACAAUAUAGUAAACACGUGCUUUCAUAAAAACGAGAAAUUUGCUAAUAGUUUAAAAGAAGCUUUUGAAGCCUUUAUUAACCAACGAGCAAAUAAACCAGCGGAAUUAAUUGCAAAGUUUGUUGAUUGCAAAUUGCGGGCUGGUAACAAGGAAGCAACAGAAGAAGAAUUAGAAAGAUUAUUAGAUAAAAUCAUGGUAUUAUUUCGAUUUAUCCACGGCAAGGAUGUAUUUGAAGCAUUUUAUAAAAAAGAUUUGGCUAAGCGUUUGUUAGUUGGUAAAUCAGCUUCCGUUGACGCUGAAAAAUCCAUGUUAUCGAAAUUGAAACAAGAAUGCGGUGGUGGUUUCACUAGUAAAUUGGAAGGAAUGUUCAAAGAUAUGGAACUUAGCAAAGACAUUAAUAUUGCUUUUAAACAGUAUGCUGGAAAUUUGCAAAGCGAAUUGUCUGCUAGCAAUUUGGAUUUAACAGUUUCGAUACUUACAAUGGGUUAUUGGCCAACAUAUCCGGUAAUGGAAGUAACAUUACCUCCAGAAAUGGUUCAGUACCAAGAUGUAUUUAAUAAAUUCUAUUUGGGAAAACAUAGUGGUAGAAAAUUACAGUGGCAACCUACAUUGGGACAUUGUGUACUCAAAGCUUGGUUUAAUCAGGGUAACAAAGAGUUUCUAGUGUCAUUAUUUCAAGCAUUGGUGUUGCUUCUAUUUAAUGAUGCUGAUAAUUUAUCUCUGGAAGAUAUAAAAGCAGCAACUAAUAUAGAAGAUGGUGAACUAAGAAGAACUUUGCAAUCUUUAGCUUGCGGAAAAGCUAGAGUGUUACAGAAAAAUCCAAGAGGAAGAGAUGUUGGAGAUAAUGAUAGAUUUGUAUUUAAUGCAGAUUUUACAAAUAAAUUAUUUAGAAUAAAAAUAAAUCAAAUUCAAAUGAAAGAAACGAACGAAGAACAGAAAGCUACAGAAGAAAGAGUCUAUCAGGAUAGGCAAUAUCAAAUAGAUGCAGCUAUCGUCAGAAUUAUGAAAAUGAGAAAAACGCUCACGCACAAUCUAUUGAUUAGUGAACUAUAUAAUCAGUUAAAGUUCCCUGUAAAGCCUGCUGAUUUGAAAAAACGAAUUGAAUCUCUUAUAGAUAGGGAUUACAUGGAACGAGAUAAAGAUAAUGCAAAUGAAUACAACUACGUUGCGUAACCUGAAUCAAAUGCCAAAGUCAUUUCAGACUGGGUGGUCAUUAUGUGUUUGCCUAUUGUGAAUGUGACAUGUUACAGAAGAAAAACGAGAAACUUAAAACUGGCUAAAUGUCGGCACGAUGUUGCGGCAUAUAGUCAGUUGUUAAAAAAAUUAGAGUGUACAUCAUUGUUUUGGUUUUUAUAGUGCGCAAUGAAUACUGGACAAUUGAGACCUUUUUUUAAACAGUGUUUUAUCGUUAGUAUUCUUGUGUUGUUUCUGGAGUUUGCUAAAAAAAGGACCAUCUGCAAAAUGUUUUCAAUGGUACAGCAUUUAAAAUGUAUCAACAGUUUUUCACGGCAUAUUAAAGAUUUAAGAAGAUAAUACAGUAAUAAUAUCCUAAGAAAAAAAAAUGCGAAAUAUCGUUUGGCAUAAGUGAUCAGGAACGCGUUAUUUAUAACAACAUGAAAUAGUGUACUGUGGACGUUGAACGCAGUGAUUACUGACAUUGUUUUAAACAAGUGAAAAACAUUAAAAAAUAAAAAUUCAUACAUUGAGACUAAUAUUCUGUUACAUGCAAAAUACUUAAUGAACACGCAUAACACAUUUUUACAGAUAUUGCCGAUACGAGAAGACAUAUAUAUGUGCAUAUUAAAAAGAUAAAAGCCACGAGUUUGAAGAAAUCUUAUUAGGAAUAUAAUAUGUAUUUCUGUAACAAAUUUUUGUACAUUACCUUAUAAUACAGAGUUUAUAAAUAAGAAGAAACAGAAUAUAUCAUUGUACAAAUGAUAUCCAUCUUCGUCAAAAUAAUAGUAAAGUAAUUUACAUGUAACGUAUGACGAAUUGAAAAAUAACAUGAAACACUUUUUAAAUCUAUUUUUAUUUAUUAAACGAUAUACAACUGAAAUUAACAUAUUCAGCAGUGACUUUAUAUACAUAUAAAUAUUUACAUUAAGAAAUCAUAUUAGUUCAAGUAAAAGUUUAUACAUUAAAAAGGAUACAAUAGAAGUGUUUCAUAUUAUUAAAUAAUAAGAAUAUUCUGCCGUUAACUUUACAGUUUUCGCUAUAAAAUCGCAGCAUUCAAUUAACGCCAUACCUAUGUAACUACUUUCUUUAUAUAUUUUGAAUAAAUUGUAGUUUGUCAAGAGUACAAUUUUAUAUAAAUACAUGUAUCUUAUAUAUCUUUAUAUACAAAUUAAAAGUUAAUGUGAUACAAAACUUAUUUUGCCUAACUGUGAGUUUGCUUUGUAUGUAUCAUAUAAUGUUGAAAUUAGUUAUAAACUAUACUAUUUAAAAUUAUAAAAUAAACUUUUCAAUUUAUAUAUUAAUCUUGCCAUUUUUAUGAAUGAAAGUUAUGAAAAUAUGUUAUGAAAGUAAUUGAAGUCCUUUUAAAUAAAAAUAACAGUAUUGAAUAAUAUAACAUUUUAUAAAACUAUAAUCUAUAAAUAAUCUUGAAAAGUUUAAUAAAUAUGAUUUCUAUCUGCUUUAUAGUUACAUGUAUUAUAUUCCUUUCCAGUGACUCUGUAUUACAAGGUUAUUUUACAAACGGUUGUUAAAGAAAUAAUUUAUAAUUCGUGUAAAUGCUGUGCAAAAUAAAAUUUUUAGAAAAAUAAUACAAUGGACUUGAAAUUGUUGUAAUUAUACAUUAGAUUAGGUACACAAUUUCUUACUAUAACUUGUAGUGUAAUCUAAAGACUAAAACAAGAGACUUGUAAAAAAAAAAGGUCCAGUACUUUUUUGUGAAUAUAAAUAUCUAAUUGUAUUUCAUAAAAUGUGUAAUAAAUUUCAUUAUUACAAAAAAAGGAAUUAGAAUAUUGCGUAAAGUAGGGAGUCGAUUGUUAUAAAAAAAAAACGUAUAAUAUAUAUGUAUUAUUAAUACUAUUAAUAAGAUUUGGAUUAUCCAGUGACUUGUUCAGUCGUUUUAUGUCGAUAUAAUUAUAAAAUAGUUUAUUAACGAAAUUUUGUAUAAACACAAGGAAAAAUGUUGUUGAUAAACCAUUAGCUAAUUUUAAUGAGCAUCCUGAUGGAGAGUUUUAACAUAAAAAUAAAAUCAUUAUAAACGCAGUACAUGGUAAGAUCAUAGCAAAAUCAUUUUAAAAUAAAUACAAACAAGAAAAAGUAGUAGUACUGCCACAUUACACUUUUACAACAUUAUUUCAUUUCGUAUAGCAAUAAAAUGAUAAAGAGCUUAUUUUGACAAUUGAAAUGCAAUAAGAAAAGCUUUUAAACAAUAAAACUACAUUACAAUAAUUAAUUUCUUUAUAAACUACCUUAUACUGCGUUUUGUUUUUAUUGCAUUAAAAAACUUAUUUUUAUCUAAUCAUUUUUAAAUUUAUCAAGAUUGUAAAUAGGGUAAGGUUCUAUAGUUGUAAUAAAAUAAAACGAAAAGUUCAAAUUA